CGAAAGCCUGGCUCAGUGCCGUCGCCUGCGUGUGUUUCGGGAACCCUCAUUCACCACCUCCCUGAGAAGUCUUCUCCGCGUCCGCACAUCAUCGUCCUGCUAGCGGAUGAUCUGGGUUGGAACGACGUGAGCUUCCACGGGUCUCGGCAGAUCCCGACGCCCAACCUCGAUGCCCUGGCGGCGUCUGGCGUCAUACUGCAGCGCCACUACUCGGCCUCCACGUGCACACCGUCGCGGACGGCGCUGCUGGCUUCUGUGUAUCCGGCUCGCACGAACCUGGGUUACCGGGCGCUUCUUGCUGCCUCGGAACAGUCCCUGUUGCUACGCUUUCAGCUGCUGCCGCAGUGGCUGAAAAGACUGGGCUACAGCACGCACAUCGUGGGCAAGUGGCACCUGGGAUACUCAACCAUCGAGUACACGCCCACGUGCCGUGGCUUCGACACGUUCUUUGGCUACUACAACGGCGCCGCCUACUAUUUCAACCACAGCCUAAAAUGGCAAGGACACUGCGGUUUAGACCUGUGGCGCAACGUGGGCUACAGAACCAGACCUGUCACCAACCUCGACGGUGUCUAUUCGACGGACGCUUUCACUGAGGAGGCCAAGCAGAUUAUUCGGAAGCAUGACACACGAAAGCCUCUGUUCUUGUACAUGAGCUACCAAGGCGUCCACAGCACCUGCUAUGGGUGUACUGCUGAAGCACCCCAUCGAAACGUGCGCAAGUUCUCCUACAUUACAGCUAGGAACCGCACUCUGCUGGCUGGUGCCGUGGACGCGUUAGACACGUCCGUGGGACGUGUGCUUGAGGCGCUGCAGUCACGUGACAUGCUCGCCCGUAGCGUGGUGGUGUUCGCCAGCGACAACGGCGCGGCACCUCUAGCCACGGCGUACGGAGAUGUCCCUAACGCGGGCAACAACUGGCCUCUGAGAGGGGGCAAGCAGGACGCCUGGGAAGGCGGGGUCAGGACGCCAGCGCUGCUCUGGUCCGCUAGCCUCCGAGACUCUCUACAGCGGCCGCCCUCUCAGCAGAUGCUGCACAUGGUCGACUGGGCGCCCACUCUUUACGCAGCCGCAGGUGGUGACGUUUCGGACCUUGGCGACGUAGACGGCCGGGACUUAUGGAGGGCGCUGACGACUGGCACAGGCGAAGGCCGUGACGAAGUGCUCCUGGAGUUGGAAGGCGAGCAGGGGACAUCGGCUCUCAUCUCCGGCAGGUACAAGCUAGUGGAGCGCCCGAACGGGCCCAAAGACGAAGCCCACGACGGCCGUGUGGCGCCAACACCGGGAGAGCCCCCCGACGACCUGGACCUGGACGACCUCAUGAGGUCCUCGGCAGCCUGGAAAGCCCUGCAGGGCGCCCUGAGUGCGACGAACAGCAGUUCCACCUGGACGUCCCCGCGAAGGAACUGGCGCCUAGAGGCGACCGUUCACUGUGGCGGCAACGCCGAAUCGGCCGACGCGGCGAGCAACUUCGAUCCCUACGACAGCGUGUUCGUGUUCGAUGUCGUCGACGAUCCGUGCGAAACGAAGAACCUGGCAUCGUCCGACCCCGAGCUACGAGAGCGAUUGCUGAGGAAGCUAGCAGGGUACCGAGAAUCCCUGUCGCCCACCUACGGCUCCAACAAGAGCGAUGAACGGGGAUACCCAGAGCACCACCACUGCCUCUGGGCGCCAUGGGUGGGCAUUCCACCGGCUCCGUACCACAAGUGCUCCUGCUGAGAGGGGCAACCACGGACUGCGCGUUGGGCAUCGAGACAUAUAGCUCGCGAAACGAAAGACAUUGGCGGAUAAUAUGAGCCUGGAUACCCGAGUGACACAGUUUGUGUGUGGUUCGUGUAGGCCCCACGAUUGACGGAUGCCCUCUUCAGACCUGGUGUGCCACCCCCGUGGACAACAGCUUUAUCGUUUUUGGAAGUUAAUCUAACAAUUAUAAGGUAAAUUAACUUGAUCAAACAUCAAGCUAAACGCAGGCGACAGUACAUGUGAAGCAUGUAAUAAUUUUGUGGCCACUAAUUCAUCGAGAACAUUGAUACUUUGUGCGAGACGAACCGCUGCAUCGUCACCGACGACGAAAAAAAUUAAUGUGUUAUGUAUUUCAAAUGCCACCAGAUGACGCGGCACUCAAGGAUGAAAAGUGAAGGCGAGAACGGCCAUGUGAUAUGUUAAACCUGUACAUAUGUGUUUAGGAUUAGCAAAAUACACUUUUACGU